AUGUUGAGGUUACUGGGGGCUUCAUUUCUUGUCCUUGCACCCGUUGCAUUAGCCCAGCAAACGGUCUGGGGACAAUGUGGUGGUAUUGGCUGGACUGGUCCAACGACUUGUGCCUCAGGGAACGAAUGCAUAAAGCAGAAUGACUGGUAUAGCCAAUGCUUGCCUUCCACUGCAACCCCCUCGUCCAGUUCAAGCGCGGUGGUAUCGUCUUCUUCCACAACCUCUUCCUCGUCUUCCACAACCUCUUCCUCAUCUGUUCCUCAGCCGACUGGCGCCAACUAUUGGUUCAGCUUCGGCGAUUCUUACACGCAGACCGGGUUUGACCCUUAUGGUACUCUUCCCUCUGCCGACAACCCAAUUGGAAACCCAACGUUCCCUGGGUGGACUUCCACCGGUGGCAUCAACUGGGUCGGCGCCGGAACUACUACGUAUAACAAAUCGCAUAUCUUGACCUACAACUAUGCCUAUGGUGGAGCCACGAUUGAUUCAAAUCUUGUUGCUCCAUAUCAACCAACCGUCAUUUCCCUCACCGAACAGGUCGACCAAUACCUCGCAACGGCUGGCACCAAACCCCCUUCGACCCCAUGGACCGGCUCCAACUCUCUGUUCUCUAUUUGGAUCGGAAUCAACGACAUUGGGAACAGCUUCUGGUUAGAAGAUCGUGAUGCCUUUUCUGAUGUCCUCUUGAACGCCGAAUUCGCCCUUGUGCAGAAAUUAGUACACGAAUCAUACAGUGAUACUGGCGCCAGGAACUUCCUCUUCGUCAAUGUCCCUCCCAUCGAUCGAUCCCCUAUGAUGCUAGCAGCAGAUCAAUGGUCGCAGGACACGGAAAGAGUUGUUAUCAAUACCUUCAACGCAAAGCUCGCAGCACAAGCAGCUGCGUUCAAAGCCAGCCACCCUGGCGUUGAGACUUACAUUUGGGACUCGCAUGCUACGUUCACGAGGAUUUUGGACUCGCCGACCACGUACGGGUUUGUGGACGCCACCACUUUCGGUGCUGGACCUGGCAUAUUCUGGGGCGAUAAUCUGCAUCCUUCGAGCCCAGCGCACGUACUCUUCGCCGAAGAUGUUGCUGAGGUUCUCCAAAAUACCAUUUGGUAG